CACGACUCCAACUAUCACCUGGCGGGAAUCGGCAGUCAAGUAUGUCAGCGGGCCUGAUCAGUGGUUCGUUCAUGACUACCACACACCCACUUUAAGGAGCACGAUGGAAUUUACUCCAUGUCACCCUCAGCCAUUCACGUUUCAGCAAGCUAUCUCCUUUGAUCCCGAAGUUUCUGCCGAUGAGAUCAGUCGUCUUCAAAACUCAAUUUCCCAUCUAAAACGCACGCAAGAAGAACUCCAGGAAUAUGGAGACGACCCAGACAUCGCACAAGCAAUCAAAGAAAACAACCAGACGUUAGCAUCGCAAGAUGAGCGAAUAUUCAUGCUCAAAUUGGCGCUCACCCAGCGUGGAGCGUCGAAUGCCACUGGCGCUCAUUAUGACCUUCCUCCUGAACCGGCACCUGAAAGUAGAAAUGGUAGGCAUGCCAGCGGUGGAUUUGGGACUGGUGAUAUUGGACUCGAGCCGUUGGACGCACCUCUCCCGGGAGGCAACUCGGGUCUUGGGUCAUCGAAUUCAACUGGGGAGGAUGAAGAAGAAAGCGGUGUGCAUUUGUAGUCCUACGUUAUUCUUGAUCAUAAUUGCCGCAUUGUACAUCAUCUAAUCACUAUGCAUUAGUUCAACAGGAUUUCGCGAGUCGAUCCUUCCAGUCGCUGCGGAAACGAAAAAUCAACCCGAUAGGGCUGAGGUAGAAGUAGCAUUGAAUGAUAA